AUGAAGAACGUCAGUUCUGACCUAGAAAUCAGAGAAAUAUCAUUACAGGAUUAUAAAGAAAGAUUUACAGAAGUGUUUGAUAUUGGUUCUGGCUCAUUCGGUAAGGUUAUUAAGGCAAUUGACAAUGAAUGCAAGAAGAUGAUUGCAAUUAAAGUAAUACUGCAGCAAGGAUCAUAUGAAUCAACUUACAAAUGCGUCCAAAAUGAGAUCACAAUGAUGAAUAAAUUCAAAAUGAAAGAAAUAUGCAAUCUUUCAGAUUACUUUCACAUUAACUCAAGUUUUUACUUGAUUUUAGAAUUUUGCAGCUUAGGUAACAUUAGCAAAUAUAAAACAAAGAUGACUUCUCCAAUUCUCCUUGCAAUAAUUAGAGAUAUUUCAAAACCAUUAGAAAAGUUCCAUAAAGAAGGAUUUGUUCACUAUGAUAUCAAACCUCAAAAUAUAUUGCUUACAUUAUCAGGAGAUAUCAAAGUUUGUGACUUCGGAAUCAUGGGAAGAGAAUUGGAAAGCGUAAAAAACACAACAAAUGCAAUUUCUUCAUUAAAGAAAGGGACAGAAAUGUACAUGGCUCCAGAAGUAAAGGAAAUGAAUCAGCUUUCAACGGCAGCAGAUAUUUAUUCUCUUGGUGUUACAAUUUUCGAAAUGAUUUCGGGAAUUCCGCUUUGCUUAACAAAUUGCACAAGUUCUCAACAAUGGUUUGAUGAGAAUCAACAUAAAAUAUCAAAUGGAAAACCAAUAGCUCCAAUCAUCGAAAAGAUUGUUAAUUCUUGCUUGAUUUCGGAUCCUUCUUCAAGAAUAUCUGCAAUCAAUAUCUUAAAGAUGAUCCCUUCUCUUCCACCAUCUUUUAUAUUGUUAAAAGAUCUAACUACAGUUGAUAUGGGUUCAAUUGUUUAA